ACUGACCAAACCCUGUCUGUCUGUUAUAAACCUUCAAUUUAAUAAAACAAAACAGUGGAAUUUAAAGAUAAGUAUUGUAAAAUAAUUUCUUUCACACUGAAUCAUGUUAGUGUUAGUGUGAACUAAAUUGGAUUUACUUUUCACAAGGCUAAUUAUUUACAAUUAUAAGUAAAAAGUGAAGGUGUUUCUUGAUCUUUUGCUGUUGUUGUUGUUGUUGUAAACCAGUUUAAAAGUGCUGGAUUGAAUUGAGGAACAACGCAUAACAAUUUAUAAUUUAUGUUAAAACGGCUUGCCAUAGCCUGUUAAUCGAGUCGAGCCGAACUGAGAAGAGCCAAAAGCGAGCCGAGUCGGGCUGUAAACCUGACGUCAGAACACGUCACUCCAUCCGGUCCUUUAUGAACCAGACUCGCCAUCUGUGGAAACCCGCAGAAGGCAUUGAUUGUGCUUUAAAGGCAAUGGAAGUAGUGUCAUGGGUACCGUGGUCCAACAGCGAGGUGCAGACAUUUUUGUGCUUGGUGGGCCAGGAAAGGAUCCACAGGGAUCUAGACGGAGCAACUAGGAACGAGAAAACAUUCAGAGAGGUUUCCCAGCUGAUGGCCGCUCACGGCUACCAGCGAACAUCACGGCAAUGCAGAGAUAAGCUUAAAAAAAUGAGAAGUGAUUACCGGACCAUCAAGAAGAACAGGGAGCGCAGUGGUCCGAACAGCCUGAAACACUGGAAGUGGUUCGAGCAAAUGGACGCCAUUUACGGGAAGCGACCAGUGAGCAUUAAAAUGGAGAGUGGACUGGAUUCGACCACUGCGGUACUGGACCCCAUGAUGGAUAACAAAUGCUUUUCCUCAUGCGAUGGUUUUUCUACCACUUCUCAUCUUGUUAACGGAAGCGAUAACAAAUCCGCCGCAGCAGCGAUGCAUGCCAGUGACCUGAACCUGACACACUGUGAAGUCUACCAGGUGGUUGUGACUCCAAAGGAAAUGACAAAAAUAGAGAAUCCAUGGAGGACUUUAAUCUGGAACCCUGAGAAGAGGACGGAGCUGAUGGAGAGCAUCAAAACCUACAAACCCACAGUCAGUUCUGUGUCCCAGGCUCGGGUUUUAUUCAUCGGACCAGUCGGUGCUGGAAAGUCCAGCUUCUUCAACUCCAUCAACUCUGUGUUCAGAGGCCAUGUCACCAGCCAGGCCAUCGCUGGUUAUUCCUCCAGCAGCCUCACUACUCAGUUUCGGACCUACUCUGUGAAAGCAGGACGAGAAGGCAAACCUCUGCCAAUCAUCCUGUGUGACACCAUGGGCCUGGAGGACAGCAAAGGGGCGGGGCUUGAUGUUGAUGACAUUAGCAGCAUCCUUAAGGGACAUAUGCCAGAUCGUUACCAGUUCAACCCGUCUGAACCGCUGCAUCCUGACGCCUCUGGCUAUCGCAAAACUCCAGACCUCAAAGAGAAGAUCCACUGUGUGUCAUACAUCCUUGAUGCCACCAAGGUCUGCAUCAUGCCUGCAAAUCUGGCAGAAAAGCUGGAAGCUAUCCGCAAAAAGGCCAACUUGUUGGGAGUUCCUCAGCUGGUUGUACUCACCAAGGUGGAUGAAGCUUGUCCCUUAGUGAAAGAGAAUCUGACAAACAUUUAUAGGAGUGUCUACAUUAAGGAGAUUAUGCAGGAGGUCAGCUCUAAGCUCGGCAUGCCGCUGUCCUGCAUUGUUCCAGUGAGGAACUACGUAGAGGAACUGGAUCUGGACCUGAACUCUGACGUCCUGCUGCUCAGUGCCGUCAUCCAGAUGCUCCGGUUUGCUGAUAACUACUUUGAUGAAAUCAGCGACCAACUUGGGAACCUUCGAACCAAAGAAUGAAGGUUCUUAUGGAAACCCAUAGCUGUCCAGAUUGAGUGCUCUUCAUAUUAUCAGGAAGUGGAGAGAGGGAGCACUAGAAAAUAAAUAUAAAAAACCCCAAAAACGUUUGGACAUCUUCUGCUCUUUUAAAAAACAGGCCACAAUUUAUCCACAUUUAAAAUUUUAGAAAGGCAAAGAUGUAAUAUGUAUAACUAAAAUGAGAGCCCUGCAAUCAUUGCCGGAUUUUAAAACUGGCUUGAAAACUUUUCUUUUUAGACAAGCCUACUCCUCUUUUAAAUGACUUUUUUUUUUAUUGUUUUUGAUUGUUGA